ACUGCGCAUGAACGCGGCUAACAAACAUGGAGUCAGCAAGCUAGAGAGGGUAACUGUCAGCUAAAGGCAAAUAUUACCCGUGUAUGAGAGGGUUUUAACGCCGGUAAGUCGCAGCAACAUACCGCUGAAUGUCUCCGUGAAUAUCCAGCGUUAGUCGACCGACUCUGUCCUCCGCCGACUGUCCCUGUCGUCUGUAGCGGGGCGACAUGCUGUAAGUGACCGGUGUCCUCCAGCGGCAGCAGCUAUGUUGCCCUCGACCUGCACCAUGUUCAGGGCUGCUGUCAGACUGCUGCCCCGGAGUCGAGGAUGUGUUUGGUGCCCGUGCAGAAACAUUUCUCUGAAACCAGGAGAUUCAAAACCAAGGACGGUUCCACCUCGCUACCUGGGCCAACCCAGCCCUUUCACCCAUCCGCACCUCAUCAAACAUGGUGAGGUGACUCCAGGCUUGAGCCAAACAGAAUAUGAGCUCCGCAGACACAGGCUGGCCUCACUUAUUGAGGCCCAGGCAGAAAGGCUGGGACCCUCUGCCUCCUCAAGCACCCAUGUGGUCAUUGUUUUGUCCCAUCCUACCCGCUACAUGACCAAUGACAUCCCUUAUCCCUUCCACCAGAACCAGGAUUUCCUCUACCUCAGCGGCAUCCUAGAGCCUGACAGUGCCUUGGUCCUGUACGGGAAAUGCCGACCAGACCAGGCCAUCUUGUUUGUCCCGCGCAGAGACCCAGGGAGGGAGCUGUGGGACGGGCCCCGGUCAGGGAAGGAUGGGGCAGCUGCUUUGACCGGCAUAGAGAGAGUUCAUAGCACAGAAGAACUGGGUCUUGUGCUCAAGAGCCUUAAAGGCACUCUGCUGUGGUAUGAUAGCUCUCAGCCCACCCACCCUCGCCUCCACAAGACUCAUGUGUGUCCCGUGCUGGAGGCAGGACCGAUGCCGCACUCUCUCAGACCUCUCAUACACUCUCUGAGGGCCAUCAAAAGCUCAGCAGAGGUGGCGCUCAUGCAAGCAGCAGGUCACAUCACUGCACAGGCUUUUAGGAGGACAAUGGCUCUGUCUCAAGGAGAUGUGGAUGAAGCUGUGCUCUUUGCAAAGUUUGAUUUUGAGAAUCGGAUACAUGGCGCAAACUUCCUGGCCUAUCCCCCUGUUGUUGCUGGAGGGAAUCGAGCCAAUACUCUGCACUACAUAAACAACAACCAGAUUAUCAAGGAUGGUGAAAUGGUGCUUCUUGAUGGUGGUUGUGAAUACUUUGGUUAUGUCAGUGAUAUCACUCGAACAUGGCCAGUGAAUGGAAAAUUCAGCCCUGCCCAGGCUGAGCUGUACGAGGCCGUCCUGGAGGUCCAGCGCUCCUGUUUGUCUCUGUGUUCCCCAGGUGUCAGUCUGGAUCACAUCUACAGUACCAUGCUGGCAUUGUUGGGACGACAGCUCAGGCAGUUAGGCAUCGUCAAGGCCAGUACCAGUGAUAGUGAUUUACUAAAGGCUGCAAGGCGGUACUGCCCCCACCACAUUGGCCAUUACCUGGGCAUGGACGUCCAUGACACCCCUGAGCUGUCCCGCUCACAACCUCUACAGCCAGGAAUGGCCAUCACUAUUGAACCAGGGUUGUACAUCUGUGAGAACAAUGACCAGGUGCCAGAGCGUUUCCGUGGCCUGGGCGUCAGGAUUGAGGAUGACGUGGUGAUCCAAGACAAGGGAGGCCCUCUGAUUCUGUCCUCUGGCGCACCAAAAACCAUCGCUGAUGUAGAGCAGGCCUGUGCCCAGAGAUAGGGCAAGGAGAGACAGUGACCAAGUGAGCUACAACGUCGAUGGCAGUCAAUGUGCUGCCAUUACCACGGUGAUGACAUCGUCUAGCUCAGGGCCCAGGUACAUGAAAGGUGGGAGCACACUGCAAGACUCCAGUUUAGCCUCGGCAAGGCCUCAAAAUGAAGAGUUCUGGUGUGGUAGAAUGUAGAUUUUGCGGAUGUUUUUAUCGUCUGGCUAAAUGUUUAAAGAAACCAGCGCAGGCGAUCUCAACAGUAACGUUAGUCGUUGUUAACAGGAGUGCACAAAGUCAACACACAGUUGAACGGGAUGUUGCACUAAUUAUACUGGUCAAUCUUCCAAAUAUUUUCUGCACAAGAGCAUAAAAACCCAAACAAGCAAACAUUAAGUGUGAUUCCAACCUUAUUACUAUAAAGAGCUCAUCCACAGUUGUGUGUUAAUGGGUUACGGUGUUGCUUUGGAGCCUACUGACAUAUUCCUCCGUACACAAUUACACAUCAAGGCUACAGCGGUUACAACAACACAAGGUGGAGUCCAGUGUUAAUAAUGUACAAUACGUCCAUCUAGUGUUGUGAUGGUGCUGUCAGUGGACGAAAGCCAGCACUGAUGUAGAGAUAAAUGCCUUUUUUGCCUUUUCUUUUACCUUUUCAAAAAAAUUCCCCAUCAUGGCACACCAGGAUAAAAUUAGUUUUUUCUCUCAAACCCCUUUUUAAAACAUACUCUUCAGUUGGCUCUCACACACAAAAAUGCACCACUCUUUCCCAGCUCAUGCUACAGUACAAAUAAUCAAAACACCAAAUGUGGAACAUGCACUCACUGUUGCUGUGGGAUUGUCAGGAAGCAUCAGAGCAUGUCAAAUCAACAGACCACCAUGUUUAUGCACACAAUUGAUGAAUAAAGAGGAACCCGUCUUAAACAGCUGCUCCUGAUAAACCUGGAAUGAUGGUAAUGAUUACACCAGUGUACUGAAAUGGCUUAAAAAGUGUACACUGGAAAGAGUUUGUGUGUGUUGUGUAUCUGUGUGGGACGUAUUGUCUUUUCAACAGAGAGAAAAAUGUGUUUAUAUGUAUUAAAAGAUCUCAUUAUUUCUUCUUUCAUAACUAAUAAAUUAUAUUGGUUUGA